ACCUGGCCUACAGCCAUGGAGAAACAAUCUUUUCUUUUCUGGCUGGCAGUUUUAACAGUAACUGCAGUCAGCGGGUGUCCUAUAGGUCGGGAGUUCAUCACUGCUUUCAUGACAAAUUACCAAUAUGGAAAAGCCAGUCUGACUCUCUCCAUAACAGCACAUAAUUCCCCUGCCACUGUGAAAAUUGAGAUAAAGGCACUGAGUUACAGUGAAACAGUGAAUAUUGGACAAGGUGAAACCAAAUGGAUUGUCCUCCCACAAAACACUGAGAUUGAAGGUGAUGGAACGUUCCGCAAAACCGUGUACAUCUCUUCCACUGCUGAUAUCUCAGUCGUUUCAUCCAACAUAAAGGAAUUCACUGGAGACAGCAGUGUGAUCUUCCCGAUAAAUCAACUAGGCCAGCGUUAUGUAGUUUUUACUCCGAACACGGGUCCAAGUCCGUAUAAAAAGCUGGUAGCCAUAAUCAAUGGCAAUUAUAUGAACACAGUCGAGAUUGCCUCCAAUUCAGGAAAUCUUUUGAACGCCAUUUUUGGAAAGACCAGAACCAUUAGUUUGGCUCCCUACGAAGUUUAUCAGCUUCGCAGUCUUGAAACUUUGACUGGAACAAAAAUUAAAUCCACGUCUCCAGUGGCUGUUCUGGCAGGACACGAGUGCUCCAUGCUUGUAGGCACCUGUGAGCAUGUCUUUGAGCAGCUGGUGCCAGUUGAGUCUCUCGCCAAUGAAUACCUGGUCCCUGCAAUGCAUCAGACCUCCAGCAAGGACACAGCCUAUGUGGUUGCUCCAGAGGACAACACUAUUGUGUCAGUUUUCAGUGGGAAUAGUUGGUUUCACAACAAGAACAAGCUAAAUGCUGGAGACGUUUUAGCGGUUGAUGUGAGCACAAAUGCUAAGCUCAUUCAAAGUAGCAAAAACGUAAUGGUUAUGUAUUUCAGUAGCAAUUUUCCCAAUGACGAGUUUCUAACCAAUGUCAUACCCACUUCUGAGAUGUCGAAAUCAUGGACCAUUCAUGCUCAAGAUGGCUAUGAUAACACUCUUGUUGUUGUUGCUGAAGCAGCAUCAGCCUCCACUAUCAGUGGUUCAUUGAAGUGGAAAACAUUCCCUGCUAAUCAAAAAUAUGUAUGGGCUACCAAGUCACUCGGUACACGAAAAGGUCCCAUCACUGUAUCUGGUGAUUCGCUGAUGGCUGCUUAUGUUUUUGGUGGAAAAAUAAGGCAUGGUUAUGCCACAACAGGAGUGUGCAACACAGCUUUUACGACAAUUCCGGCUCCACCAGACCCCUGUGAGACUGUUAAAUGCCGUCAGCAGGAGGAGUGCAGAAAGGGUGUCUGCGUUCCCACUUCCACUGCCACAUGCCAUGCAGUUGGUGAUCCCCAUUACAAAACUUUUGAUGGGAAACUGUAUGACUUUCAGGGAACUUGUACAUACAUCAUGGUAAACAAUACAAAGCCUCAAAAAGGCCUCACACCUUUUACCAUCUUGGCAAAGAAUAAUCACAGGGGAAGCACUAGGGUGGCAUAUGUAAGGACAGUUUCUGUCCUUGUGUACAAUCAUAAAGUGGUGGCUGGCAGCCAAAGGGGAGUAGUAGAGCUUGAUGGAGAAAACACUUACCUGCCUUUAACUAUCGAUGGCGGCAAAAUAAAAGUGGAUCAGAGGGGAUGGAAUGUCAUUAUAUCGACGGAUUUUGGCUUAGAGGUAAAAUAUGACUGGAAUAUGAUGUUGUACAUUACAGCUCCAAGUAGCUAUUUCCAGACUUUAGGUGGUCUUUGUGGAAACUAUAAUGGUGACCGAAGAGAUGAACUUAUUGAUCCCAAAGGCCAAGUGCUCUCCAAUGUCAUUGCGUUCGCUAAGACCUGGAAAGUUCCAGAUAAUGAUUUGUUUUGCAAUGAUGACUGCAAUGGACAAUGCCCAAGUUGCUCUUUAAGUCUUCAAGAGGAGUACAAAAAAGACACAAACUGUGGUGUCAUGGCUAAAACGGAUGGGCCAUUUGCUAUUUGCCACAACACUGUCGAUCCUCAGAUGUAUGUAGAUAACUGUGUCUAUGAUGUCUGUAUUAAUAAUGGCAUGAGAAACUUCCUCUGCAAUAACAUUCAAAGCUACGUCGGUGCUUGCAUGUCAGCUGGAAUCAAGAUUCCUGGAAAGUGGAGGACACUUUCCAACUGCCCACUGGAUUGUCCAGUCAACAUGCAUUAUGAUGACUGUGGCACAGCCUGUGCUGCCUCUUGUGCUGAUCGAGAUGCCCUAAGCAAGUGCACGCUGCCAUGUGUGGAGGGCUGUCAAUGCAACACAGGUUUUGUCCGCAGUGGAGAUGAAUGCAUACCUUUGAAAAAGUGUGGCUGCACAUACAACGGUCGAUAUUAUCUACCUGAGCAGACAUUUUGGGGGGACCAAAAAUGUACAGAGAGAUGUGUGUGCAACUCUCAAACUGGAAAAGUUGAUUGUUCAGUGACAAAAUGUAAGAAAUCCCAAGUGUGUGAAACACGGAAUGGAGUGAGAGAUUGUUAUCCAACGUCCUAUGGUACCUGUCAGGGUGCAGGGGAUCCACACUACCGCACUUUUGAUGGUAAAGCCUUUGACUUCCAAGGAACCUGCACUUAUUAUUUGUCCAAACUACUCAAUACAGUUGACCCAUCACUGAUACCUUUUGAGGUACUGGUCAAGAAUGAAAACAGAGGAAGAAACAUGGCAGUUGCUUAUACCAAGACUGUAUCAUUAACUGUCUAUGGAUACACAAUUGUCAUGAGUAAAGAUGAUUCAGGGAAAGUGAAGGUCAACAAUAUGUUUGUGAAUUUGCCAUUUGAACAAGAAGAAGGUCGAUUCUCCAUAUACCGGAGUGGGUACUUUGGUGUAAUAAAAACAGACUUUGAUUUGACUUUAAAAUUCAACUGGGAUAGCCAUGUAGUCCUGACUCUCCCCAGCACUUACUCUGGUGAAGUGGGAGGGCUUUGCGGCAACUGGAACAAUAACAACAACGAUGAUUUUCUCACUCCUGACAAAACUCCUGCUUCAACCCCAGCAAUUUUUGGAACCAGUUGGAAAGUCAAAGAUGACCCUGGAUGCUCAGAUGCAUGUCAGGGCAAAGCAUGUCCUAAAUGUGAUGUGACAGAAAGAAACCAAGUCACUUUUACAAAGCCUUGCAGCAAGAUCACAGACAAACUGGGACCAUUUAAAGGUUGCCAUGUUAAAGUAAAUCCAAAUCAGUUUUAUGAAGAUUGUGUGUAUGAUAUGUGUAUGUACGGUGGCCAUUCAUCUGCCCUCUGCAGUGCUCUUACUGCAUACACAGCUGCUUGCCAAGAGGCACUUGGCCAAGUGGAAGACUGGAGAACUGACAGUUUCUGCCCUGCAUCCUGUAUGGAAAACGGCCACUAUGAGGUUUGCGCAACAGGAUGUUCCCAGACCUGCCAUGGCCUCAUUGAGCCCAAGGCAUGUGAGGGCACUCCUUGCAUUGAAGGCUGUAUAUGUGAUGAAGGCUUUGUCCUGAGCAAUGGUGAGUGUGUGGCUAUGGAACGAUGUGGCUGUUCUUACAAGGGCCUGUACUACCAGCUUGGCCAGGAGUUCUUCCUUCAAGACAAGUGCAAUCAGAGAUGUGUGUGCAAAGAGAACGGAAGAGUUCAGUGUGAUGAUGGAUUCACCUGCAAACCAAACGAGAAGUGCCAGGUCCUGAAUGGGGUUCAGGGUUGUUUUCCUGAUGGAAAAGCAGUUUGCUCUGUGUCAGGCUUUGGGCUUUAUAAGUCAUUUGAUGGGAAAUCCUUUACUGUUGAAGGAGACUGUGAGUAUAGAUUUGCAGAGACGGUUCAAGGCAAAGAUGAGGAUAUAAGCUUUUUUAGUGUAUUAGUGAAAAAGCAGUCCUCCUCUGACACUGUCUUCACUCGAAGAGUUGAAAUACAAAUAGAACAAUCCACAAUCACUUUGCUGCCUGGCCACAUCUGGGAGGUUCAGGUGGACAAUGUUCAAACCCAUCUCCCCACAACUGUGGAUGAAGGACUGGCACAAGUCUAUCAGAGCGGUAUUAACAUUGUUGUGGAAACAAACUUUGGAUUGAAACUGACAUAUGAUACUAUUUCCAUGGCCAAAAUUGAGAUACCAUCCACUUUUAAAAAUGCAGUCAAAGGCCUCUGUGGUAACUACAAUGGAGACAGUGCAGAUGAUUUUCUUUUGCCUGGUGGUAUUCAGGCACCUUCCGUGGUAGAUUUUGCAGAUGCCUGGGUUUCACCAUCAGACAAAAUGAUGUGUCAAACAGGCUGUGCCUUGAGUUGUAUCAAUCCUGACAAAGACCAACAGAAAAAGGCAGAGACAGCUUGCAGUAUACUAACAUCAGAGAAGGGGCCAUUUUCUGGUUGUUACGAAAAAAUACCACCUCAGACAUUCUUUGAUGAAUGUGUGAAAGAUGUGGCAGCCCAACCAAAUGACAAGACAGUGCACUGUCGCCACAUACAAAGGUAUGUUGCCAGCUGUCAAGAGAUUGGGACGUCAAUCAACAUCUGGAGGAAUAACACCUUCUGUCCACUCACAUGUUUCAAAAAUAGUCACUAUGAGCUCUGCGCUGACACCUGUUCCACGACCUGUGCAAGUCUGACAAAGUCACAGAAAUGCCCAUUGUGUCAGGAAGGAUGUCAGUGUGAUGAUGGCUUUUUGUUUGAUGGAGGUGAAUGUAGGACUUUGGAUAGCUGUGGUUGUCAUGUAGAUGGGACAUUUUACAAGUCUGGUCAGACAGUAAUUCGAGGAGAGUGUAAAGAGAAAUGCACCUGUAAAGCUGGAGUGUUCUCCUGUGAAACCUUGGAAUGUGGUGAAGAUCAGAUUUGUGGCAAAAAAGAUGGUGCCGUUGGAUGCUACAACAAAGACACAUACUGUCCAGUCAACAUGCAUUAUGAGGCCUGCGGCUCAGCUUGUCCUGUGACCUGUGCUAAUCGAGAUAGUCCAAAUGAGUGCACACUGCCAUGUGUAGACGGCUGCCUCUGCAAUGCAGGUUUUGUCCUUAAAGGGGAUGAAUGCAUACCUGUGAAAAAGUGUGGCUGCGAAUACAAAGGCCAAUAUUAUCUACCUGGGCAGACAUUUUGGGGCGAGAAACAAUGCACAGAGAAAUGCGUGUGCAACCCUCAAACUGGAAAUGUUGAAUGUACACCAACAAAGUGUAAGAAUUCUCUAGUGUGUGGCACACAGAAUGGAGUGAAAGACUGUUACCCAUUGUCCUAUAGUACCUGUCAGGGUGCAGGGGAUCCACACUACCGGACUUUUGAUGGUAAAACCUUUGACUUCCAAGGAACCUGCACUUAUUAUUUGUCCAAACUACUGAAUACAGCUGACUCAUCACGGAUACCCUUUGAGGUACUGGUCAAGAAUGAGAACAGAGGAAGGAACAUGGCAGUUGCUUAUACCAAGACUGUAUCAUUAACUGUCUAUGGAUACACAAUUGUCUUAAGUAAGGAAAACCCACGGAACGUAAAGGUCAACAAUCUGUAUGUGAAAUUGCCAUUUGAACUAGAAGAUGGUCGGCUCUCAAUAUUCUACAGUGGGUACUUUGGUGUGAUAAAAACUGACUUUGAUCUGACUUUAAAAUUCAACUGGGAUAGCCAUGUAGUCCUGACUCUCCCCAGCACUUACUCCGGUGAGUUGGGAGGGCUUUGUGGAAACUGGAACGGCAAUGCCAAUGAUGAUUUGCUGACUCCUAACAACACCCUUGUUUCAAACCCAACAAUUUUUGGAACCAGUUGGAAAGUCAAAGAUGACCCUGGAUGCUCAAAUGCAUGUCAGGGCAAAGCAUGUCCUAAAUGUGAUGUGACAGAAAGAAACCAAGUCACUUUUACAAAGCCUUGCAGCAAGAUCACAGACAAACAGGGACCAUUUAAAGGUUGCCAUGAUAAAGUGAAUCCAAAUCAGUUUUAUGAAGAUUGUGUGUAUGAUAUGUGUAUGUACGGUGGCCAUUCAUCUGCCCUCUGCAGUGCUCUUACUGCAUACACAGCUGCUUGCCAAGAGGCACUUGGCCAAGUGGAAUCCUGGAGAACCAACAGUUUCUGCCCUACAACCUGCAAGGCAAACAGCCACUAUGAGGUUUGUGCAACAGGAUGCCCCCAGACCUGCCGUGGCCUCACUGAGCCCAAGAACUGUAAGGGCACUCCCUGUGUUGAAGGCUGCACAUGUGACAAAGGUUUUAUCCUGAGUGAUGGUGAUUGUGUGGCUGCGCAGCAGUGUGGCUGUACUUACAAGGGCCUGUACUACCAGCUGGGCCAGGAGUUCUUCCCUCAAGACAAGUGCAAUCAGAAAUGUGUGUGCAAAGAGAACGGAAGAGUUCAGUGUGAUGAUGGAUUCACCUGCAAACCAAACGAGAAGUGCCAGGUCCUGAAUGGGGUUCAGGGCUGUUUCCCUGAUGGCAAAGCAGUUUGCUCAGUGACAGGUUUAGGGCUUUAUCAGUCAUUUGAUGGGAAAUCCUUUACUGUUGAAGGAGACUGUGAGUACAGAUUGGCAGAGACGGCUCAGAACACAAAUAAGGAGAGCUCUUUCAGUGUGUUAGUGAAACAGCAGUCCUCCUCUGAGACUGUCUUCACUCGAAGAGUUGAAAUACAAAUAGGACAAGCCACCAUAACUUUGCUGCCUGGCCACAUCUGGGAGGUUCAGGUGAACAAAGUUCAAACCAAUCUCCCAGUGACUCUAAAUGGAGGAUUUGUCCAAGUCUAUCAGAGUGGUGUUAAUAUUGUUGUGGAAACAGACUCUGGAUUGAAACUGACAUAUGAUACUAUUUCUAUGGCCAAAAUCGAGAUCCCAUCCACUUUUAAAAAUGCAGUUAAAGGUCUCUGCGGUAACUACAAUGGAAACAGUUCAGAUGAUUUUCUCCUGCCAGGUGGUAUUCAGCCUUCUUCUGUGGAAUACUUUGCCGAGGCCUGGGUUUCACCAUCAGACAAAAUGAUGUGUAAAACAGGCUGUGCACUCAAUUGUUUCAAUCCUGACAAAGACCAACAGAAAAAGGCAGAGACAGCUUGCAGUAUACUAAUCUCAGAGAAGGGGCCAUUUUCCGGUUGUUACGAAAAAAUACCACCUCAGACAUUCUUUGAUGAAUGUGUGAAAGAUGUGGCAGCCCAACCAAAUGACAAGACAGUGCACUGUCGCCACAUACAAAGGUAUGUUGCCAGCUGUCAAGAGAUUGGGACGUCAAUCAACAUCUGGAGGAAUAACACCUUCUGUCCACUCACAUGUUUCAAAAAUAGUCACUAUGAGCUCUGCGCUGACACCUGUUCCACGACCUGUGCAAGUCUGACAAAGUCACAGAAAUGCCCAUUGUGUCAGGAAGGAUGUCAGUGUGAUGAUGGCUUUUUGUUUGAUGGAGGUGAAUGUAGGACUUUGGAUAGCUGUGGUUGUCAUGUAGAUGGGACAUUUUACAAGUCUGGUCAGACAGUAAUUCGAGGAGAGUGUAAAGAGAAAUGCACCUGUAAAGCUGGAGUGUUCUCCUGUGAAACCUUGGAAUGUGUUAAAGAUCAGAUUUGUGGCAAAAAAGAUGGUGCCAUCGGAUGCUACAACAAAGACACAUACUGUCCAGUCAACAUGCAUUAUGAGGCCUGCGGCUCAGCUUGUCCUGUGACCUGUGCUAAUCGAGAUAGUCCAAAUGUGUGCACACUGCCAUGUGUAGACGGCUGCCUCUGCAAUGCAGGUUUUGUCCUUAAAGGGGUUGAAUGCAUACCUGUGAAAAAGUGUGGCUGCGAAUACAAAGGCCAACUGUAUCUACCUGGGCAGACAUUUUGGGGCGAGAAACAAUGCACAGAGAAAUGCGUGUGCAACCCUCAAACUGGAAAUGUUGAAUGUACACCAACAAAGUGUAAGAAUUCUCUAGUGUGUGGCACACAGAAUGGAGUGAAAGACUGUUACCCAUUGUCCUAUAGUACCUGUCAGGGUGCAGGGGAUCCACACUACCGCACUUUUGAUGGUAAAACCUUUGACUUCCAAGGAACCUGCACUUAUUAUUUGUCCAAACUACUCAAUACAGUUGACCCAUCACUGAUACCUUUUGAGGUACUGGUCAAGAAUGAGAACAGAGGAAGGAACAUGGCAGUUGCUUAUACCAAGACUGUAUCAUUAACUGUCUAUGGAUACACAAUUGUCUUAAGUAAGGAAAGCCCACGCAAAGUAAAGGUCAAUGAUCUGUAUGUGAAAUUGCCAUUUGAACUAGAAGAUGGCCGGCUCUCAAUAUUCUACAGCGGGAACUUUGGUGUGAUAAAAACUGACUUUGAUCUGACUUUAAAAUUCAACUGGGAUAGCCAUGUAGUCCUGACUCUCCCCAGCACUUACUCCGGUGAGUUGGGAGGGCUUUGUGGAAACUGGAACGGCAAUGCCAAUGAUGAUUUGCUGACUCCUAACAACACCCUUGUUUCAAACCCAACAAUUUUUGGAACCAGUUGGAAAGUCAAAGAUGACCCUGGAUGCUCAGAUGCAUGUCAGGGCAAAGCAUGUCCUAAAUGUGAUGCGACAGAAAGAAACCAAGUCACUUUUACAAAGCCUUGCAGCAAGAUCACAGACAAACAGGGACCAUUUAAAGGUUGCCAUGAUAAAGUGAAUCCAAAUCAGUUUUAUGAAGAUUGUGUGUAUGAUAUGUGUAUGUACGGUGGCCAUUCAUCUGCCCUCUGCAGUGCUCUUACUGCAUACACAGCUGCUUGCCAAGAGGCACUUGGCCAAGUGGAAUCCUGGAGAACCAACAGUUUCUGCCCUACAACCUGCAAGGCAAACAGCCACUAUGAGGUUUGUGCAACAGGAUGCCCCCAGACCUGCCGUGGCCUCACUGAGCCCAAGAACUGUAAGGGCACUCCCUGUGUUGAAGGCUGCACAUGUGACAAAGGUUUUAUCCUGAGUGAUGGUGAUUGUGUGGCUGCGCAGCAGUGUGGCUGUACUUACAAGGGCCUGUACUACCAGCUGGGCCAGGAGUUCUUCCCUCAAGACAAGUGCAAUCAGAAAUGUGUGUGCAAAGAGAACGGAAGAGUUCAGUGUGAUGAUGGAUUCACCUGCAAACCAAACGAGAAGUGCCAGGUCCUGAAUGGGGUUCAGGGCUGUUUCCCUGAUGGCAAAGCAGUUUGCUCAGUGACAGGUUUAGGGCUUUAUCAGUCAUUUGAUGGGAAAUCCUUUACUGUUGAAGGAGACUGUGAGUACAGAUUGGCAGAGACGGCUCAGAACACAAAUAAGGAGAGCUCUUUCAGUGUGUUAGUGAAACAGCAGUCCUCCUCUGAGACUGUCUUCACUCGAAGAGUUGAAAUACAAAUAGGACAAGCCACCAUAACUUUGCUGCCUGGCCACAUCUGGGAGGUUCAGGUGAACAAAGUUCAAACCAAUCUCCCAGUGACUCUAAAUGGAGGAUUUGUCCAAGUCUUUCAGAGUGGUGUUAAUAUUGUUGUGGAAACAGACUCUGGAUUGAAACUGACAUAUGAUACUAUUUCCAUGGCCAAAAUCGAGAUCCCAUCCACUUUUAAAAAUGCAGUUAAAGGUCUCUGCGGUAACUACAAUGGAAACAGUGCAGAUGAUUUUCUCUUGCCAGGUGGCAUUCAGACUUCUUCUGUGGAAUACUUUGCCGAGGCCUGGGUUUCACCAUCAGACAAAAUGAUGUGUAAAACCGGCUGUGCCUUCAAUUGUUUCAAUCCCGACAAAGACCAACAGAAAAAGGCAGAGACAGCUUGCAGUAUACUAAUCUCAGAGAAGGGGCCAUUUUCUGGUUGUUACGAAAAAAUACCACCUCAGACAUUCUUUGAUGAAUGUGUGAAAGAUGUGGCAGCCCAACCAAAUGACAAGACAGUGCACUGUCGCCACAUACAAAGGUAUGUUGCCAGCUGUCAAGAGAUUGGGACGUCAAUCAACAUCUGGAGGAAUUACACCUUCUGUCCACUUGAGUGUUCAGGUAACAGUCAUUAUGAGCUUUGCGCCGACACCUGUUCCUCAACCUGUGCCAGUCUGACUACCUCAAAGAGAUGUCCACCAUGUCAGGAGGGAUGUCAGUGUGAUGAUGGCUUCUUGUUUGAUGGAGGUGAAUGUAAGACUUUCCAGGAUUGUGGUUGUCAAGUAGAUGGAAAAUUUUACAAGUCUGGUGAGACAACCAUUCAGGAUGAGUGUACUGAAAAAUGCCUCUGCAGAGCUGGAGUAUUCUCCUGUGAACCUUUGAUAUGCAGUGCCGAUCAGAUAUGUGACAAAAAAGAAGGAGUCACUGGGUGUUACAAGAAAGAUCCUUGCAGUAACCAUGAGUGUCGUGAAAAAGAGUACUGCACUGUGAAGGACGACAAGGCAAUGUGCAUUGCAAAAUCAAAGGCCUCUUGCAUUGCCAAGGGAGACCCUCAUUACAGAACCUUUGAUGGCAACCACUUCUCCUUCCAGGGCACUUGCACCUAUACUUUAGUUAAAACUUCAGGCAAAGACCAAACACUGACACCUUUCAACAUUGUCAACAAGAAUGAUAUGCUCAAAGGCACACGUGGAUCUUACGUCAAGUCAGCCACCAUUACAGUCAAAGGACAUGAAAUCACAUUCAUCCAAGGCAACCGCAAUCGUGUGACAAUUGAUGGCACAGUUUCCAACCUUCCUGUGAGUUUGAAUUCUGAGGGGAUCAGCAUCACCCUCUCAGGCAGUAUAGGGGUCUUGCAGACAGAUUUUGGCUUGGAGGUCAAGUUUAACUGGGCAGAUACCCUUAUGGUGACAUUGUCCAGCAGCUACUACAAUAACAUAGUCGGGAUGUGUGGAACCUACAACAAUGAUUUGGAGGAUGAUUAUGUCACACCGAGUGGUAACAGCAUGACAGACAUCACAGAAUGGGCAAUGUCUUGGAAUGUCCCUGAAAGCAACAGCAAUUGCUGGCACUUUCCCCCUUGCUCAGAUGAAAAGAAAUCGCUAUAUAGGGGACAGAGCUACUGUGGCUUGUUAGAGAAUGAAACAGGCCCAUUUGCCCAGUGCCAUGACAUAAUAUCAAAGAGGCGAUUUGCUGCUGACUGCCUUUUCCAGAUGUGUCUCAAUAAUGGAAGUCAGAACGCUUUCUGCAAUGCCUUCAAUAAUUAUGUGUCCACUUGUUCAUCUGUAAAGGCUGACGUGUCUCCAGAGUGGAAGCAACUCACCAACUGCUGAUGAAGAUUUUUUUCCACCAUGUUUUGUGUAUCCCUUAAAGAAGUGAAAAUUAAAAUGAUUAAAUAAUUAACUGGUGCAUUUCACAAUAUAUUGAAAUAUAACAGUAUCUCAGUUUCUGUCAUUGCUUCAUAUCAUAUUACUUCAUUUGUGAUUUGGUGUUUUAAAUGGAUGUUUAAGCAAGUUUCUUUUUUUAAAUGACAAUAUAUUCAUGGAUGUCAACUUGUGCUGUCCACAAAUCAGUCUAUAAUUAAUCUUGGGUUAAACUGUAAACUGUUUUGUAUUUUCCUUCAAAUGUCUUCAAAAAUAUAAUAUUUUAAAUAUAUGUUAUUAUUAAACUUCUUAAAUUCUUGCA